GUUUUGGUUGGAGAACUUCCAGUUGACUUUCUGCGAUUGAUAGUUCCUCGUGAUCAAGUGGCUGCAUCUCAACAGCAGCAACAAACCCAGCAGCUUGUCUACACAGGCGGUAGUUUCGUACCACCUAACACUCGUGGCCGGCUUUCAAUCACUAUUGCCGAUGCCAAUUUGGUUAGAAACUACGGUAUUGUGAGAAUGGACCCCUACUGCAGGCUUCGAGUAGGUCAUGCGGUUUUCGAGACUCAGACAAAACUCAGUGGAGGCCGGAGUCCCGUAUGGAAUCGAACUGUGCAUGCGUAUCUGCCAAAUGGCGUUGAGAGCAUCUACAUUCAAAUUUUUGAUGAGAAAGCCUUUAGUGCUGAUGAGUGUGUCGCUUGGGCUCAUGUCAUGCUUCCACCGGCCAUCUUCAGUGGAGAAACAAUCGAUGACUACUAUCCAUUGAGCGGACAGCAGGGCGAAGGAAAAGAGGGUAUGCUCCAUCUGGUCAUAUCUUUCGCUCCGGUAGAAGGUACCCUUCCUACAGCCGUCGUGUUACCUGCGACAGCAUCUCCACCAAUGCCAGUUGAGAUAACCGAAGAAGACACCAAAGAAUUGGAAGCAAUGUUCCCUGGUGUGGAUAAAGAAGUGAUCAGAUGUGUCCUCGAAGAGAGCAGAGGUGACAAGGAUGCGACGGUCAGUGCUCUUCUGGAGAUGAGCAAAACAUAA